AUGCUAAUAACAGCGCGUCAUCAUGCCAAAGAUCUUCAAAGACAUUUAGACGAGCAGCUAACAAGAGAAUUUGCCUUCGUCGUUGAAUUUGAGGGUAAUAUUCGUCCCGUUGAAAAGUCAGAGAACGGAAGUGACUUGAACGAGAUCUCUGUGGUCGUCUACCCUCCACGAGGAGCAAAAGAGGCCAAGGUUGCCAUACAACAACGUAUUGCAGACUCGUUCAGUACCGAAGACAACAAGUUGAAGAAGAGUGAUGUGCUCUUAUACCCCACCGGCAUGUCGGCUAUUAGCCAUAUCCAUGACAUUAUCAGCCUUUACACUACAACGACAAAGAAGACCAUUGCGAUCUUUGGCGGUACACAAUACGACUUGGAAACUCUUGAAGAGGAGUUGGCUGCAGGUCUGGAGCUGUGUGCCCUCUUCACAGAGUUCCCUGGCAACCCACUCUUUGGCUUUGUCGAUCUAGAGCGGAUAAAAAGACUGUCCGAUGAAUUAUUCUUCUUGUUCGUGGUUGACGAUACAGUCGGUACAUCGGUAAACGUUGACGUUAUCUCACAUUGCGAUGUUGUCUGCACAAGCUUGACAAAGAUGUUUAGUGGAGGCUGCAACGUCAUGGGAGGAAGCGUGACCCUGAACCCAAAGAGCAGAGGCCAUUGGGAUAUGAAGAGACUGUUGAAGGACCGCUAUGCCAAUACCUUCUUCCCGCUGGAUAUGAUUGUUAUGGAGAAAAACAGCGCCGAUUUUGAAGAACGAGUCACCGAAGCGAGUCAAAAUGCAGAACAUCUCGCGGAUACACUCCGCAAGCACAGUUCAUUCGGGCAAGUGCACUAUCCCAAGGGAAGCCCGACACAACGGCUCCAUGAGAAAUACAAACGUCCAGGAAAGGGAUAUGGGUAUUUGUUGUCCAUUCGUUUCAACACCCCCGCAGCUGCCAUCGCGUUCCACGACGCUCUUGAUGUGGCGAAAGGGCCGAGUCUUGGGACCAACUUCACUCUGGGUUGUGCAUAUACGCUCUUCGCGCAUUUCCACGAGCUUGAAUAG